AUGAAAGCACCCGACUCUUUCCGGAACCCUGGUUUCUGGUGCGACUUCCACCGAGACCACGGUCACAAAAUGGAGGACUGGGUCGCACUAAAGAUCGAGGUCAACGAGCUGCUUAAGAAAGGACACCUCAGGGAGUUCCUUUCCGAGAAGUCCAAGAGCCAUCUAAGCAAGGAGACAACGAGAAAGCCCAUUGAAGCUGCUCACGUCUUGCCACCUCGACAUGACCGAGUGAUUUAUGUCAUAUCGGGCGGUUCAGAGAUCAGCGGCGUGAGCAACACAGCCGCGAAGAAAAGCACCUGGAACGACAAGGACGGCUUAGAGGCAGCCAAGCCAAAAUGCCUACUCCUAGGUACUGACGAAAUAAGUUUCACAUCGAAGGAGCAGGAGAACGUUCUCACCCCGCAUCACGACGCCCUGGUCAUAUCGCUCUCUGUAGCGAAUUGCCUGGUGAAAAGGAAAUUGGUAGAUAAUGGAAGCUCCACAAACAUCAUCUUCCAGGCCUCAUACAAGGAUCUGGGGCUGGAGGAAAGCACUCUAACUCAGAGAAUAACCCCGCUUAUAGGGUUCAGCGGAGAAGUCAAACAAACCGCCGGAGAGGUGACCCUCCCCGUAUACGCUGAAGGGAUCAACAUGUCAACCAAGUUCCUCGUUGUUGACUGUGACUCUUCCUACAAUAUGAUCCUAGGACGGGCCUGGAUUUAUGGCAUGGGAGCCGUCCCUUCGAAUCUUCACCAAAUAGUGAAAUUCUUUACACCCUGGGGCAUAAAGGCGAUCAGAGGAGAUCAAAAGUAUUCCCGCUCCUGCUACAAGACUACUAUGAAGAGAAAUACCAAGGUCUUAUAG